UGGUUCUCACCAAGCUUCUCCUGACCUCCACAGGCAGAAUCCAGAGGAAGAGAGAUCAGAGAGAGACUGGAGACCCCAACAGCCAUGGCCUCCUCCGUUUCAGGCUUGGACAUGCAAGAGGAAGUCAUCUGCCCCAUCUGCCUGGAGUACCUGACCGACCCGGUGAGCGUAGAUUGCGGGCACAACUUCUGCCGAGGCUGCGUCACCCAGUACUGUGUGGAAUGGGCGGGACGCGGAUCCCUGAUGUGUCCCGUCUGCAGAUCCCAAAUUCUGACAGGGAACCUCAGGCCCAACUGGCAGCUGGGAAACCUCGUGGAAAAAAUGAAACACGUGGCUGUGUGCGCGAGGCACAAAAAGACCCUGGAUCUGUUCUGUGAAGAGGACGGGGAAGCCGUGUGUGUGGUUUGUGAGAGAUCCCCCCAGCACAGAUCUCACACGGUGCUGCUCAUAGAGGAGGCUGCCCAGAAGUACAAGGAAAAAAUCCAGGACCAUUUGAAGACUCUGAGGGAAGAGAGAGAAAAGCUGCUGGGAUUUAAAGUGACUGGAGAGGGGAAAAGCCGGGAGUAUCUGAAACAAACACAAACCGAGAGGCAGAAGAUUGUGUCUGAAUUUCAGCAACUGCGGCAGUUCCUGGAGGAACAAGAGCGACUCCUGCUGGCCCAGCUGGAGAAGCUGGAUGAGGAGAUUGUGAAGAUCCAGAAGGAAAAUGUCAGUAAACUCUCCGAGGAGAUUUCCCGUCUCAGUGAGCUGAUCCGUGAGAUGGAGGGGAAGUGUCAAAAGCCAGCGAGUGAAUUCCUGCAGGAUGUCAGAAGCACCUUAAGCAGGUGUGAGAAGUGGAAGUUCCAGCAGCCGGUGGAAAUUUCUCCUGAACUGGAAAAGAGACUCAGUGUUUUGUCUCAUAAAAAUGUUGCUUUAAUGGAGACCCUGAGGCAGUUCAAAGACACUCUGCCAUCGGAGCUGGAGAGAAAAGGAUGGAAAUGCCUAGGAUCACAGAGAGAGGACACUCUGCCAUCUGAACUGGAGCAGGGAAGGGGAAAAUAUUUGGGAUCACACAUCAACGUGAAUGUGACUCUGGAUCCAGACACGGCUCAUCCCCAACUCGUCCUGUCUGAGGAUGGGAAAACCGUGAGAUAUGGAUGCCUAUGGAACAAACUGCCCAACACGACCAAGAGAUUUGAUUACGAGCGCUGUGUGCUGGGCAGUGAGGGAUUCACCUCAGGGAGACAUUGCUGGGAGGUGGAGGCGGGGGAGCGGGGGGGCUGGGCCAUAGGGGUGGCCAGAGAGUCUCUGGGGAGGAAGGGAGAGAUCACCUUUAAUCCUGAGGCGGGGAUCUGGGCUAUGGAGUACUGGGAGGGUCAGUACUGGGCUCUCACUGACCCCCUGACUCCUCUGCCCCUGAGCCGGGUCCCCAGGAGGAUCUGGGUUUAUCUGGACUACAAACAGGGGCAAGUAGCCUUUUUUAAUGCCGAUAACGAAUCCUUGAUCUUCACUUUCCUGCCGGCCUCUUUUGCUGAGGAGAGAAUCCGCCCUUUGUUUGUGGUCUGGGAAACCGAGUCCCAGCUUAGACUGUGUCCCUGAGACCUGGAGAAGGGGAAUAAAAAAAAAAUUCAAAAGUUCAGGGAGGACAGGUCCCUCAAUGGUAAUUAGCCAGGAUGGGCAGGGACACAACCCCAUGCUCCGGGUGUCCCUAAGUCUCUGACUACUAGCAGCUGGGACUGAACAACAGGGGAUGGAUCACUCGAAAUGGUCCUGUUCGGUCCCUCUUAAGCAUCUGCAGCAUCGGCCACUGUCAGAAGACAGGAUAUGGGCUAGAUGGACCAUUGGUCUGACCCUGUUUGCUCCCCCUCGGAUCAGAGCAUAUCAAAUGAGCUUCUCUAGCCUUAAACAUCCCACUCUGUGACCCUGGAGGACUCCCAUCUCUCCUAGCCCCCAGGCUCCUUUUCUCUCUUGCUGCCAGGGUGACAAUGUCUCGGUGUGUCUAGUCUGGGCUGUCGAAACUAUAGAGGGGUGUGAUCUGCAUAGACAAGCCCAUCCCAUUGCUGCCAGGGUCAGCCACCCUAUCUGUUCCUUGCUCUGUGGCUCCGGACCAGCGGUUCUCAACCUAGUUACCAUUAUGGGCCACACACACACACUCUCUCUCUCUCUUCCCCAUGUGCCUGGCCCUGAGGAUUUCACAUGGGCCUCAGCUGUGUGUUGAUUGGGCUGCAGCUUGAGAACCUCUGAGGUAGGGAGACCAAGGGAUGGGGAGGGUGAUAUAGGGACUGGAGAGGGUGACUUUGAGGCCCUGGGGAGGAGAUGCAGUGGGGGCACUGGAGAGGGUGAGCUGGCUGCGGGAAUGGGAGUGGCAGGGACAGGGCAGAAGGGAGAGAAGAAAAGAAUUAAAGUAAAAGAUAAUAUGGAGAAUUGGGAGGAAAAGGGGGGUUGUCACAGGGUCCACUCACCGCUAGGGGUGCCUCUGCCUGAUAGCUCCACUUUGGUGCUGGGAUGUCCUCUGGCAGUCUCCCCCCCUGUCUCUGCAACUCCAGCUGCCCCUUCUCCCCAACUUGGCCCUCCGGCUAGCUCAUUAUGCGUGUCUCCCCCUUCCUGGGUACCAAAGUCUUCUAGUGCAAAUUUUCCCAGGUGGUCUGCUCUCCAUUGCCUGGUUUGUGCCAGUGGCUGGUAGGGGAAUCCAGGCCCACCCUGUCAUUUGCCUUGCUGCUUUUCCCCUGAACCUUUCCUGCCUUUGUGGCUCUCCUCCCUCUCUAGGGGUUUGCCAGCCCAAACUCCCUCCUCCCAGGGGGUAGGGUGCUUGCUUCUAUAGCCCCAAACACACCUCUCUUCUCCCACCCAGGGAGUGACUGUAGACUGCUUCCCUGCAGCCCCUUUCUGCUCUCAGCUCCUUGGCUUUAUACAGGCCCCUCCUCUUCCCAUGCAGUUGAGCAUCAUCUACUUAAUCACUGCCCCCUGGCUCCACCUCCAGGGGUAGCCUGGGUGGUUCAUUGGCCCACCUGGCCACCUUGACCCCUUCAGGUCUUGGAUGGGGAUAGACAGCCCAUCCCAGGGGGAAAUCAAAAUGAAAAGAGCUAAAGCAAAAUGAUCCAGACAGAGGAAAAGUCCCAAGGGGAAGAGAGAAAUUCAGGAAAAGAAUGAGGAAUCCGAGGGGGAAUGAUCCAUAAUAGGGGGGUGGGGGGAGACAGAAGUAAACAGGGAUGGGAAACCGGCACAGGAGAGAAUGGGGGGGAGGGGGGUCAAAAUGGGUCAAGCAAAAGAAGGAAAGAGAGACUUUAGCUUUCUGAUUCCAUAGACAGUGGCUGCCGCAUCUUAGCAAACUCUCGGUUCCCAGCAAAACAUGCUACUCUCUGGCAGGUACCAAUAAGCGAAAGGCUGGAUGCAGCCAGGGAAGGAAGCACUGGCAUGUGCCAGCCCUGGUGGCAGCCCCGCAAACCUGCCUGUGCCCGGGGACCUGCCACCUGCACAGGAGGUAAUGGGCUGGGGAUCCCCACUCAAUUGGGGAGCCCCUAUUGGAGUCCCCACACCGUGGGGUGCAUUCAGGGUGCAACCCCCCCCUCCACAUUUCUGCCCUGCCCACAGCCUCCCCUCCCAGCAGAGAUGACCUGUGCCUGCUGAUAGGGGGAGGCACAACCCCAGAACAGCUUGAGUCAUGCCCCCUCCAGGUACCGCCCCCCCAAAAGCAUCAGCCCCUCUCUGCAGCUUCCAGCUGUUUCUCCUGCCUCUGCCUGCCCCAUGCUCAGCUGCCCAAGGAGAAGGCCCAGCCACACCAUGUGACCGAACAAUCGGGGGGACAUGUGACCCCACAUGCCCUCUCCCACACAUUACCUCUGCCUCCCAGCCUCAAUGCAGAAGUCGUCAGCUGUGCAGCUCAGAACCGUCCCAUUGGUUCCUGGUAGGACCUAUCUUCUAAUAAAGCUGUUAAUACACAGCAUACCUGUUGCCAGUUUCCAAAUGCCAUUUACCAUUAAAGUUAAUAGGUUGGGACUGGUUCCCUGCCAAAUGUUGCUAUUAACCAGAAACUGUUAAUAUCAGUGAUUGCUCUCAAGUGGCACCCACUGUAUUAGUUAAUGGAAAUUGUUAUUUUAGUGCCUUUAAAUAAAACGAGUCUUAAAAUUCACGGACAUUUUCCCAUAUGUUCUGGUAUUAAAAGCUGCCUCUCAGCUCCUUUUAAUCCCAACAUUUAUUUGUUAUAAAUAACACUUUUUUUUAAUUAAAAACUUCUUGUUUGUUUUCACUUUAA